AAGUCUUGGGAACAGGCUCAGGACUAAUGCAAGAAGAACUACCAUGGACUGCUGCGAAUUGAGACAGAAGAAGACCUGAAGAUAGAGAUGCAGAAGUUAUAUGGGAGUGAUUUAACUGGUGCUGUGUGGCUGGGUAUGAGACAGAGCCGUCUCUUUGGGUUCUGGGUCUCGUCCAUUGGGCUGCCAGUGGGGUGGAGUAACUGGGAGGGAGACAGACAGCCUGAACAGCCUCUGUCCAACCAUUGUGGUGCAAUUGCAAUGGAGGAGGGAUACAAGAAAGAAACACUGAAGUUUGUAGAAAUGUUAAAAUAAUGUAGGAGACUAUAACACAAUAGAUACUGUAGCAGAAAAUCCAAAGAAAAACCAACCAGAUUAUUUGGUUGUUGAGCGAGCCCAUGCUCUUCCAUUAGAUAGGGAAAAAAUGUAAUUUAGCUCCCAGUGUGCAAUUCCUAUGGCUUCCACUGGAUGUAAAUAGUCUUUGUUCAAGGUUUCAGGUGUGUUUCUUCCCAAACGAGGAAGAAUUAUGAGUUUUAGUACUGGGAUACAUAUAUGGAAAUCAGUCUGUGCGGACGCGACGAAGAGGACACACACCUGUUAAUAUAAUUUUCCUGUUGAACAUCCUUCUUUCCGUAUGAAAUAUUAUAGUUUAAUUACAUUUUAGGGGAUCUGAGGAUUAUAUAGAAACGUAUUAAGACUUGUUUUAAAAAAGUUUAGCGGUAGCUUUUUGGAUUCCUUUCUCUGCAUGUUGAACGAAUGGAUUACUCAAAUCGAUGGCAUCAACUAAACAGACUUUUUGUGAUAUAAAGAAGGAUUUUAUCUAACAAAACAACACUAUAUGUUGUAGCUGGGAAGAUUUUCAAAAAAGAUAUUCAGAGAAGCUAGAAGAGGAAGACAUUUGGUUAGACCUCAUUAUACUCGAUUCAUACCAGACACAUUUAUUCUCUACAAAAGCUACAGCAGGACACCAUCCCAUCACCUCUCCUCUGUCUCUCCUGACCCUGCUGUUCCCAUGGAGAUGACCUCUCUCCUAUUCCUACUCUGUGCAGGUAUAGAAUUUACCUGACCUAACCACAAAACAGUAUACGGUGUCUGCUGCACAGCCGCACUCAGCCGCCUCAGACAGUUCCAUCUCUAUGAAAAUACAAAUAAAAAAUGUACUUGGACAGAAGCACAAGACUUCUGCCGGGAGAACUACACUGAUCUUGUCACUUUGUACAAUCAGGAGGAAUCUGAGCAGCUGAUACAGUUAAUAACAUCUCAUAGCAGCACUAAAGCCUGGAUAGGUCUCCAUCGCAAAGAGCAUAGUCUGAAGUGGUCCAAUGGAAACAUUGUUAAUGACACUGCAUGGUCACCACUUCCAAGCCCGUGCACAGAGCCAAUGUGUUCAGCCAUACUCAAAGAUAAUACAACAUGGGAGAAAUGUACAGAGCAGAAAUACUUUAUGUGUUACAGAAAAGGGUCUGGUGAUUCCUUCCUGAUUGAACAGAACAUGACCUGGUAUAAGGCUCAGAGUUACUGCAGAGAGAACUACACUGACCUGGUCAGCAUCAGGAAUGAGGGACAGAAGGAGGAAGUGAAGAACGAAGAGAUGAACAGCACCACUCCUUACUGGAUCGGCCUGCUGUAUGAUGACUGGGAGUGGUCUGAUGGAGGGAGAUCUGCCUACAGAGACUGGUCCACAUUGUCUGAAUUUCCUAUAGCAGGACAGAAUCACACUGUUCUUUACCAGCCUCAAAUAGGUAUACUCACAGUGGGAAAUGGAGGUUCUGAAGAAUGUACACUCUGCUCUGAAGGAUCAGUUCGCAUCCACAUUAUCAGUAAACUAAUGUAUUGGGAACAGGCCCUGGGAUACUGCAAGAAGUACUACCAUGGACUGCUGAGAAUUGAGACAGCAGAAGACCUGGAGGUGAUCAAGCAGAAGUUCAAUGGGACUGAUUUUACUGGUCAUGUGUGGGUGGGUCUGAGACAGAGCCGUCUCUUUGGGUUCUGGGUCUGGACCAAUGGCCUGCCAGUGGGGUGGAGUAACUGGGAGGGAGACAGACAGCCUGAACAGCCUCUGUCCAACCAUUGUGGUGCCAUGGCAAUGGAGGAGGGAUACAAGUGGAGUGAUCAGGACUGUCUGUCCAUGCGCUUUCUUAUUUGUGAAGAAGAGUUGUAAUACAUUUCCCCCUUGUUAAUUUAAACACUCUCUAACCAUUUCUCACAUUUUGAUUGAAAUGUGUUUUUUUAGGUAAUUACUGAUUGAAAUCAUCUUGACAAAAAUAAACAAACAUAAGAAAGAGAUGUUUUAGUCUUCUUUUAAACAUACAUAAACACAGUAGAUGUUGCAACAAGAUGUCCGUAUGAGUAACUCCAGGACAUUACAGGGAAGAGUGCAUGCCACCAUCUUGUCUAUUUCAAGUUCUCUCACACUGAUCGAGACAGGUGGGUGUCCAUCCCCAAGUGCCACAUGUCAGGAUGACUGACAUCUGCCUCAAUCAAUGAGAGAAGACUUGAAAUACAGUACACAUAGAUGGCAGCGUACACAUUGUUGGAUUACUUCCUGGAGCAAAAAAUAUACAUUUAUUAAAUUCAAACGGACAUCCCUACAACUGUAUGCAGACAUUUUACGAGACGGCAGUAUCAAAUAACCUUUCAAACACGGAUCAACUGGCCCUUAGUAGGAAAGGGCAUUUAUACUAAAUAAAGAAUAUGCAACAAUUUCUAAGAUUUUACUGA